AUUGCAAUUGGCCAGGUUAGUGUGCAGUCGGUUAGUUGGGAAAAUGGGUCUUCCGGUAGCAGUAACCGUUUUGGGGAUUUGUCUGUGUUUCGGAGUGACUUUUGGAAACGAAGCCGCUCGUUAUGAUAACUACAGAGUUUAUGAGGCGAUUCCGUCGUCUAACAGUCAGCUGAAAUUGCUCAAUGAGCUGGAACAGUCGAGUGAUAGUUUGAUUUUCCUGAAAAGUGGAAACAAUGUUGGAGAAAAGUUCAACAUCGUUGUGGCACCCCAUAAGCUGGUAGAUUUCACGGAAGCACUCCAAAACGAAGGUGUCCGUGUCAGAUUGCUGGAAACAAACAUGCAAAGUUUAAUUGAUGAAGAAAAACAGCGAAUGGUGUCAAAGCGUGCCAGAGGUGCUUUCGAUUUCAACGAUUAUUAUGAGUUGGAGGAUAUUCACGCAUGGUUGGACAAAUUGGCUAGCCAAUAUGAUCAGGUGGAACUUCUGGAGGGAGGUCAUUCCUUUGAGAACCGUUCGAUCAAGGGUGUGAAGGUGUCUUACAAAUCGGGAAAUCCAGGCAUAUUUGUUGAAGGAGGUAUUCAUGCUCGCGAAUGGAUCUCUCCAGCGACUGUCGCUUACAUUCUAAACGAAUUGCUCACCAGCACGGAUCCUAAAGUGCGGAACAUUGCUGAAAACUACGAUUGGUAUAUGUUUCCCAGCGUAAACCCUGAUGGAUACGUUUACACUCAUAAGAAGGAUCGACUUUGGAGGAAAACUCGUACGCCGUACUCGGGAGGAUGCUUUGGAGCUGACCCGAAUCGUAAUUGGGAUUUCCAUUGGGCUGAACAGGGAACCAGCAAUCGUUGCAAUUCUGAUACCUAUGGUGGCCCGCAUGCCUUUUCCGAAGUUGAAACAAAAUCUUUGUCUCAGUUCAUCGCUUCUUUGAAGGGUAAAAUUCAAGCCUACAUCUCAUUUCAUUCAUACUCUCAACUUCUCUUGUUCCCAUAUGGCCAUACCGGUGAGCACGCCUCGAAUCACAACGAUCUGAAUGAAAUUGCAAAGGCAACGAUCACAUCUUUGGCGAAGCGAUAUGGCACAAAGUACAAGUAUGGUAACAUCUACGAUGCCAUCUACCCGGCAAGUGGCGCCAGUGUGGAUUGGGCCUACGGAACUUUGGACGUAAAGAUUGCCUACACCUACGAACUGCGACCUGGUUCCGGCUCAUGGAAUGGAUUUGUUCUGCCGCCCAAGCAGAUAGUUCCAACUGGAGAGGAGACUCUUGAUUCGUUGGUAACGCUGUUGGAGGAAUCGGAUAAAAGGGGUUAUUAUGAAAACUGUGAAGGCUGUUGAGACUGUCUGUUCAGCGAUGUGAUAAUAUAAAAAUAAACGAACUGCUUAUAACAAUCACAAUCGUCAA